AACUUCUCGAUAAAUUUUAUGCCGAUCUAAAUAAAGUAAGAAUUAGAGGAACCAAACAGCUUAUGCUAACGGAGCAACCAACGACGACGAACUGACGGACGGCGACCACCCCUCGGCCCUUCCUCCAAUUUCCGACUUAAUCUCCUGUGCUGCCAUCUCCAUCUUGCAGACGUUUAUGUGCGGUGAUUUGGAUAUCAGACGAUUGUAAUGGAUGGGUCGAGGACUUUGCAGAUCAACCCCAUCAGAGUAUUUUAUAAGCAAAAGAAUCAUGGUUUCAUUUCGGCAUUUACUCCAAUAUUCUCGAGAAGAGUGUAUUGGAAAUCAACUUGGAUGAGUCAAAACCCCAAGUCUGAGUUUUCGGUUUUAGCUUCAAUCCGGCCCAUUGAAGCCUCACAAAAAAACAGUUUUGGCAAUAUAUUACCAUCUAAAGAGGUGCUUGAUAUUUGGCAGAAUGCAAAUGCUGUGUGCUUUGAUGUGGAUAGCACAGUUUGUAUAGAUGAGGGCAUAGAUGAACUUGCUGAAUUCUGUGGAGCUGGGAAGGCUGUAGCAGAUUGGACUGCUAGGGCAAUGAGUGGGUCUGUUCCCUUUGAGGAAGCCUUGGCUGCCAGGUUAUCUCUAUUCAACCCUUCAUUGUCACAAGUUCAAAGUUUCUUAGUGAAGAAGCCUCCAAGGUUGUCUCCUGGGAUUGAUGAAUUGGUCAGCCUACUGAAGAAUAGAAAAAGGGAAAUUUAUCUUAUUUCUGGAGGGUUUCGUCAAAUGAUUAGUCCUGUUGCUUCCAUCCUUGGAAUACCAAGUAAAAACAUUUUUGCCAAUGAACUUCUAUUUGAAACUUCGGGGAAAUUUAUUGGGUUUGACAAAAAUGAGCUCACUUCACGGAGUGGAGGGAAAGCCACUGCAGUUCGGCAGAUACGAAAGGAUCAUGGAUACAAGUCACUAGUCAUGAUUGGUGAUGGUGCUACAGACCUUGAGGCUCGUCAGCCUGGAGGUGCAGACUUGUAUAUCUGUUACGGUGGAGUUCAACUUCGAGAAUCUGUUGCAGCCAAAGCUGAUUGGCUGGUCUUCGACUUUAAGGAGUUGAUCAGCUCAUUGGAAUAGUAUGUGCCUCUUUGUUACCCUUUCAGUUUAUAUUUUUUUGUGAUUGAUCAUUUAUUUGUUAUUGAUUGAUAGAAGUCAAUCCUGUCGUGCCUUUGUUGCACUCUUCUCUGCUUGAUAUCCAAAUUUGUUUCGGACUUUUCUGAAGAAAGAAUAAACACAAGUCUUCUAUAUGUUCCCUAUUGAUUGGAGCAUCAACAUUCUUUGAAGGCAAUUGUAUCUGCUAAUUAUGAAAAAAUAAUACUACGUAUGUAAAAAGGCUAAAAUGACCAUUAUCAACAAAUUAUGUUAUAUUUUUCCAUGGUUUUCUGUUAUGGCACCUGUCUUGACUACAUCAUGGCUAGUAUUCUUCUUGAUGAA